AUGACCCGGCCGCUGUCUGCCAGUAGGGCUGUUGCUGGACGGCCCAACGUCACAAAACCUCGAUAUGCCCUUCGCAGGAGAAGCUAUCCGUCGCGUACCCGCAACCAGCAAAGACAGCAUCGUCUUGCCCUCGGUGGGAACACCAGGAGCCAGAAGACAUUGACUCAACUCAACUUCGUCCUACCGCAGGAUUAUCCAAGGAGCGAAGAUGACGAUGGGGGCUCCCGGCUUGAAGCGGAAACCACCGAUGGCGAAGAAAGUGGAGGGCCACGACCAAAGAAACAAACCAUAAGGGAUCAUGGGAGGAAGAGGAAGAGACAGAAAGACGAUAGGCCGAACGGAACGUUGACGCAGAUGGUAAACGUUGACUGGACUCUUUCUCGUGCUGAUAAGAAUGACCCUGGGGAGCACAAUCCUAGGCACUCGCGAAAGAGACGCGGCGUUGAGAUGGAGACAAUCUUGGAAAAUGUUGAAAAUGCCGUUGAUGACGAGGAUGGGGCCCCAAACCCACCAGCUGAUAAUGUUCCCAAAGAAUUGGAGGUAUUGUCGGCAAUAAAGGGACAGUCUUGUCGGGAAAUAUCCGCUGAACAGGCAACCAGACAUGGCAAGAUGCUACCACCGACUAAUCCUGUUACUCCCCGCAAGCAAAUACGCUGGGUUGUCCCCUCGUCUCAAUCUCCAGAAAGUCCUGAAAUCACCUUGAACAGCCCGAGAACUCCAAGGAGUAUAAACAAUAGUCCCGUUCGACUGUCAUUGGCUUCUUCUGCAGCUCCGUUAUUCAAUAAACGCAGGUCAUUGCUCAGGUUCAAUGCAAACGAUUAUGACUCGCAGGUUGUGCCAGAUGACGGCUACUGUGGUAUUUCUGCUCCAGGAAGUCCAGCCUCUGUACUCUCUUCUCCAAGAGCUAUUUCCGACCCGUCUAUCUCGUUCAGAGAGGAUAUCAAUGCUCGGUUCAAUGCCGCACGUAGAGAGUGCCAGACACAAGAACUCCAGGCUUCGGAUCCAGGAAAACCGGAAAGCAUUGUUUAUGAGACGGAUGGCGAAGCAAAACCUGAAUCUAUCGAAGAUGUUUGUCCAAAUGCGCUCGAAAUUAAGGGUACACAAAAAUCUGGAUCAAGCGAUCAGGGUGGCCCGCAGUUCUCUCUUGAGAGUAAUAUCGAGCAGUCAAGCCAAAAUCUCCCAGCCUCGACUUACAUGUCUGAUACGAUGUCUGUAUACUAUACACGCCAGCCCAUGAGCUAUGCAUUUGAAAAGUUUCCUGCAUCACAAUCUUCGGUUUCCGCUUCGUUGGCUUGCCCGACCCUUUGUCGAAUCUUCGCAGUCUAA